UUUUAUUAGGCAUUAAGGGCAGCCUCGUUUCCAAGCACCUGUAAACAGGAGGAAACCAUUCCAAAAGCGAAAGCAAAAGAAACAUACACAGGGAGAGAGAGAGAGAGAGAGAGAGAGAGAGGGGGGGAAGCCAAAAAAAGAAAAAAAAGGGAGGAAUUCAAGGAAGAAGAAGAAGAAGGGUUUUCCAAGAAGAUGACGCAGACACAGAGGCAGGCGAGUGAAGUACAGCAACAAGCUCUCAUGCAAUCGGGCCAAAUCUCUGGAAGCCUCAGCUUCAACGGCUCCUUAACCAAGGAAGAGGAAGAGAUGUCCAAAUCGGCUCUCUCUACUUUCAGAGCCAAGGAAGAAGAGAUCGAGAAGAAGAAGCUCGAGGUCAAGGAGAGGGUCCAGCUCCAGCUCGGCCGCAUCGAAGAGGAAACCAGACGGCUCGCUUUCAUUCGCGAGGAGCUCGAGGCGCUAGCAGAUCCGAUGAAGAAAGACGUCUCGGCUGUCCGUAAGAAGAUCGAUGCAGUCAACAAGGAAUUGAAGCCGUUGGGACAGAUUUGCGCGAAGAAGGAGAAAGAGUACAAGGAAGCUCUCGAGGCUUUCAAUGAGAAAAACAAAGAGAAAGUACAGCUAAUUACCAGAUUGAUGGAGCUGGUGAGCGAAAGCGAGAAAUUGAGGAUGAAGAAGCUGGAGGAGCUGAGUAAGAACAUAGAAACGAUUCGCUAAGAUUCAUAACCUAACUCUGAUAACUAAUUAGGCCUUGUGUGAAAUGUGAAGUAAGAACACUUUUGUGUAUAUUAUAUUGGUCUCUUGGGUUUGUUGUACUGUAUGAUCUUCUGUUUGUUUGAUUAUUAUUAGCUUUGUUGGAUCAUUUGCUGAUUUUAGCAAAAGGGAAUACCCCAUAAACAGGUUUGUUACAAAACAGAUUUUUCUUAACUUUUGGAUUUUCUUCA